UGCACCGUCCGGGGAGCCCCCGGCAGGGUAAUUAACGAAGGAUUAAUGAGAGCCCCAAAGUCAACAGAAAAAUCAAUGGGCCGCGGAGCCCGAGAGGCGGCUGCGCAGUCCCGCGUGGGGGAGGGCCUCGGGGGCAUCGGUCCCAGCCCGGGGACCUCACCGGACGGACGAUCCGCGCUGCAGUGAUCAGCCGGUGGCGAUGCCUGCCCAGGCCUCAGCCCCUACUGAGGCUGCACCGGCUGCCCCUCCAGAAGCACAGGAGACUGAAGAGACCCUGGCCAAGGAGAACCAAGUGGACAUGGGGACAGAGGAGACAAGGGCCUCCACCUCGCCCCACAAGAAGUCCUGGUUGGUGCGACAUUUCUCGCUGCUGCUGCGGCGGGACCGGCAGGCCCAGAAGGCCGGGCAGCUCUUCUCCGGGCUCCUGGCCCUCAACGUGGUGUUCCUGGGCGGAGCCUUCAUCUGCAGCAUGAUAUUCAACAACGUGGCUGUCACGCUGGGCGAUGUGUGGAUCCUGCUGGCUGCGCUCAAGGCCCUGUCCCUCCUCUGGCUCCUCUACUACACGGCCGGUACCACCCGCCAGCCACACGCCGUGCUCUACCAGGACCCUCAUGCAGGACCCAUCUGGGUGCGGGGCUCCCUGGUGCUUUUCGGCAGCUGCACCAUCUGCCUCAACGUCUUCCGCGUGGGCUACGACGUGAGCCACGUCCACUGCAAGUCGCAGCUGGAGCUCAUCUUCCCUGUCAUCGAGAUCGUCUUCAUCGGCGUCCAGACCUGGGUGCUCUGGAAACACUGUAAGGACUGUGUUCAGAUCCAGACCAACUUCACUAGGUGUGGCCUGAUGCUGACCCUGGCCACGAAUCUGCUGCUCUGGCUUCUGGCUGUCACCAACGACUCCAUGCACAAUGAGAUCGAGGCUGAGCUCAGCGCCCUCAUGGAAAAGCUCUCAGGCAACGACACCAACAGCUGUCUGUGCCUCAAUGUCACCAUGUGCGAGGUCUUCCGGAAGGGCUACCUGAUGCUCUACCCCUUCAGCACCGAGUACUGCCUCAUCUGCUGCACCGUGCUCUUUGUCAUGUGGAAGAACGUGGGCCGCCGCCUGGCACCCCACGCGGGCGCCCACCCCGGCACCCUGCCCUUCCACCUGCACGGGGCCAUCUUUGGGCCGCUGCUGGGCCUGCUGGUGCUGGUGGCAGGCGUGUGCGUCUUCGUGCUCUUCCAGAUCCAAGCAAGCGGCCCCGCCAUCGCCCGCCAGUACUUCACCAUCUACUACGCCUUCUACGCAGCCGCGCUCCCCGCCAUGAGCCUGGCGUGCCUGGCGGGCACGGCCAUCCAUGGGCUGGAGGAGCGAGAGCUGGACACGUUCAAGAACCCCACCCGCAGCCUGGAUGUGGUGCUGCUGAUGGGCACGGCGCUGGGCCAGAUGGGCAUCUCCUACUUCUCCAUCGUGGCCAUCGUGGCCACUCACCCCCACGAGCUGCUCAACCGCCUCAUCCUGGCCUACUCGCUGCUGCUCAUCCUGCAGCACAUGGCCCAGAACCUCUUCAUCAUCGAGGGCCUACACCGGCGCCCACUCUGGGAGGCGACCCCUGAGGGCCGGGCGGGGAAGUGGGAAGCCGAGCCGCCUCGCAGGGGCUCCCUGCUGGAGCUGGGCCAGGACCUGCGGCGGGCCUCGCUGGCCUACAUCCACUCCUACAGCCACUUCAACUGGAAACGGCGGGCCCUCAAGGAGAUCUCCCUCUUCCUCAUCCUCUGCAAUAUCACACUGUGGAUGAUGCCUGCUUUUGGCAUCCACCCGGAGUUUGAGAAUGGGCUGGAAAAGAAUUUCUAUGGCUACCGGACGUGGUUCACCAUCGUCAACUUUGGCCUGCCUCUGGGGGUCUUCUACCGCAUGCACUCAGUCGGGGGGCUGGUGGAGGUCUACCUGGGGGCCUGAGGGUGCCCAGGAACCCACCCCCGGCAGAACCCCAAAGUGCCAAGGCUGGGGAGAAUGUAUCCCAGUCUCUGAGUAGAUGCCCUAUUCCAGGGGGACCUAGACCAGCCUGGGUUCCCCAAAGCCUCCUCUUCCCCAGAACCUCACUGAGCAGGGGUCACUAUCUGCAGCCCAAGACCAAGGGCAGGGCCUGGACACCGAGCUCCUGACGCCCAUGCACAGGACUGAGCACAUGCCUGCCUCCUGCUCACCACAGCCAGUGUGGCCCAGGCUGCACCCCAGGAAGCCCCCACAGCUACUCUCUGGGAUGGUCAGACCUGGGGAGUUGGGGGAGGGGCAUCCCUACACCUCCAGGCCUCGGGGGGUCUGCCUCUUGCAUGGUCCAAGCUCAGCCCAGGACAUCUGGAAGCUCGCAGCUCGACAGGCAGCACUGCCCCUCUGUCCCCACACACCCUGCCUCCUAAUGAGCUCGUUAAUUAGCUGCCAGGCCGGGUUCAACAGCUCUCUCCUGCUGCCAUAAACCCUGUUUGUUUGAUCGAUCACA